GUCAGACGUCGAGAGACCGUGCUGCCACGCCAAAAAUGCCAUUUGCUGGCUCCCUCCUGUCCACGAUGACUUCACUUCUUUUCUUUUCCCGCUUUCCCACGCCUGACCGCGCAGGUGUGCUUCCACCCUGCGUCAACAACAACGACGACGCCCUGACCGAGUCGGAGCCCGACCAGCUGCCGCCGACAUCGAUUCACCAGCACGCCCAGCAAGACGAUCCACCGAAUCCACUCCGGCACCCAUCCCUGUCUGACCUUUCCCGCGUGUCACCCGCCUCGCAUCCCGUCCAUCUCGCGGACGUCCGUCAAACUUUCACUUCUUCAACACUCGCUUCUCUUUUAUCAGUGAGUGAUGGGUGGCAGCCCGCUCGACCAUCACUCCCGCUAGAGUUGCAUUCGCCCUCGUUCAUCGCGUGCCCGUGCCACCCGCCAGCGCUGGCACACAACACGCCUCUUGUCUCGCGAGAUCUGGCUCUGUCUUGAACGACAAACACAUACCGCACGCCGUACACCGCACACCGCCACUGCCGUCGGCUGGCCCAGACUUCACUCUCGCCAUGCUUCAUUAACGACAAUCCCCUUUUAUCCGUCUCUUCAUCUCCUUUCCGUCCGCGCAAAGCGUCCCAUUGGCGGCCGGAGCCGUCCCUUGGGCGAUGAACGAUGAAGCCACGACUUCAGCACGUCCUCGGUUUGCAACGGCGCCUGCUCGCACAGCCGCGAACUUUACCAGGCCCACUGUCCCAGCGGGCAUCUGAGCUGCCAAGAUGGCGGCCCUUUAGCACCUCCGUUCCGAGGCGCGUCUCGCCUGCUGACGGCCGAGGGGGCGGCAAUCACCGGACGGCAACUGCAACACGGGUGUCGGGACCCGCUUCGCCUCGACGUGCCGUGGCGGCUGCCGGACUCGCGGGCCUCGUCUCUGCAUUGGCGCUACUGCAUCUCUCCUCCACAUCCCCGACAUCCCUUGACUCCCCGGCCGACGCCGUUACCUCUGCCUUUUCUGCUGCCGCCGCCACCGCCCACUCGGACCCGGACCCAGGCCCCGUCUUCACGUCGCCUUCCGGCCUCGGCUCCACCGCCGCCGACAACCGCGACCCGGAGUUGCCACGCUUCCGCAUUUCCGAGGUCCGUAAGCACGGCGCUGACUCGGAAACCCCCUGGGUCAUCCACGAGGACAAGGUCUACGACAUCACCGACUGGGUCCCCGCCCAUCCAGGCGGCCAGGUCAUCCUGCGUGCCGCUGGCGGUUCCAUCGACCCCUAUUGGAACAUCUUCACCAUCCACAAGAACCAAUACGUCUACGAUAUCCUUGCGCAGUACCUCAUCGGCUACGUCGAUCAGGCCGACCUCGUCGACGGCCGUCCCGCCCAGAAUGAGAUCGAGGAUCCCUUCGACGACGACCCCCAACGAGACCCGUCCCUCAUCACGAAGACGGCCAAGCCACGGAAUGCAGAGACCCCCGGUGAAGCCCUGAGCUCCCAGUUUCUCACCCCCAAUGAGCUUUUCUAUGUCCGCAAUCACAUGUGGGUGCCCAAGAUUGACGAGUCCGCCGCCGACAAGUUCGUCCUCACCGUCGAGCUCGUCGAUGGCACGACGAAACAAUACACUCUACAUGACCUCAAGUCCAAAUUCCCAAGCCAUGCCGUCACUGCCGUCCUCCAAUGUUCCGGCAACCGCAGAAAACACAUGACACAGGGCUCUGGCAGAUCUACCAACGGCCUCCAGUGGACUGCCGGAGCCAUCUCAAACGCUACGUGGGAGGGUGUUCUGCUAUCUGACGUGCUGGCCGAUGCCGGAUUCGAGGUCUCCCAGGCUUUGACAGGCGAGAGCGAGGCCAAGCACGUCCACUUUGCUGGUCUCGAAGCGUACGCCGCAUCUAUCCCUAUAAAGAAGGCAAUUGACCCCCAAGGCGACGUCCUGCUCGCGUACUCCAUGAACGGAAAGCCAUUGCCACGCGAUCAUGGAUAUCCGCUACGCUCCAUCGUUCCUGGCCACGUCGCCGCCCGCUCCGUCAAGUGGCUUAACCAAAUCACCUUAAGCGACGAGGAGAGCACUAGCCAGUGGCAACGCAGAGACUACAAGUGCUUCGGCCCCAACGAGACCAAAGUCGACUGGGACGCCGCACCCGCAAUCCAGGAGCUGCCUGUACAGAGCGCCAUAACGGAGGUCAAGAUGGGAGGGUGGACUAAGGCUGUGGGCGACACUGCCCGUGGCCAAGUCAUCGAGCCGGCACAAAACGUCACACUAGCUGGCUACGCGUUUUCAGGGGGAGGACACUCCAUCAUCCGUGUGGACGUGUCUGCGGACGGCGGCAAGUCGUGGUCUCAAGCGUACCUCUUGCCCGAUUGCGACGGCAAGGACGGCUCCCCGUCACCCUGCCAGGGCAACGGGGCGUGGUCAUGGAAGCGAUGGAGAUACGAGGCGGCUAUCCCGCUGACAGCCUUUCGCGAAGCCGAGAAGACCGGCGGCUCCGAGCAAGUAGGGGCAGGUGAGGUUGACAACGAGCAAGCCGCGACUCACAGCGACAAGAAAUGCACGACUGUCAUGGUCAAGGCCACCGACGACACGUACAACACGCAACCCGAGAGUCAUGCCGCGACGUGGAACCUGAGAGGCAACCUCGCCACCGCCUGGCACCGCAUUCAGGUGUGCGCCGACUGCUCCUCGGCGCCCGCGCCCUGCGUGGCUUCAGAUAAAAAAGCCCCGAACCCAGACAACGAAGGCGAUGGCUGAGCGCUGCUUUCGUCGCCACUAGUUAUGGGAUGGUGAGCGGCUUGCACAAAGCAGCACUGUACUAUUAUCGCGACUAGCAUGCAGCCUGUCAGGCCGGUGCAUCUAGCUUGCAUUAUAUAUUUUGGUCUUUAUUAAUUGGCGUUGCAUUCGGGCGAGCAAAGACCAAAACAGGGGCUCGCUGAGGAUUUGGAUCAUUCCAUGUGAGCAGAGCGGCGCUGGUACACAGACGUCCAGUAGCAAUGCUGUUCUAGUUAUGAAUUAGCUCAAUACUACAACACAAAUACACAAGUACCAUGGG